ACGGCAGCACUAUCCGCAGAGAACAUGUUAAUAGUUUUUCUUUUAAAUCUUCAUUGAAUCAUGCGAUUAAACACGGUGAAGAUUGCGCUGGAUCAUUUAUACUACUCGCAACCGUACGGCAAGUCGUUCGCAGUGGAUGUGGUGCGAGGUAACGUGAUUCAGCGGGGAUAUGUUACGGAUACAACUCAGACUGGGCUUAUCAUCGACUUCCAUCACGAUGGCUUGUCAGCAACGGAACUGAUCGACUUCUCCUGUAUCCGCGCUUUACCAGCCAAAAAACACUCCGCUCUCCGUUACCUUAAGCCACCGGAAAAGAACUCCGAGGUUGAAGUACUGAUUCGGAGCGCAGUGGACCAACCGCUGACCUGGGAAAAGGCCGUUUUUAUAGCAACAGUACCUGAUUAUGGCUUUGGCAACAAGUCGGCCUCCAUUGAAGGUGAACAGUUUGCCUUGGUCCGACUCCGUUCCCGAAAUCCGUUUUCCUUGGCCGCCGUAAUCAAUCUGUAUUACCCACAAGCCGCCAGCGACAUACGUAUCCGUCAGAAGCGACUCUGGCAAACCGUCACGCCGGAGACCUUUUACAAAGUGAUAGUGCCGCACGCGUCCUGCCAGAAGGCCGAUUGUCCGUUCCCACGGUCUCAACUGCUUUAUUAUAUGAAACAGCCAGACACGGGAUUCAAGUUGAUCUGGCUCGUAAUGACCGGAACGCUUAUUGUGGCUGCGGACGAUAUGAAUGUCACUGUGGUGUGCCGCCAGAAGGCUAAACGACUGUCCAAUAAAAUCCAUCGAUUGGUGUUUCAUCUAUACGACAGCUUUGUCGAGCGAUAUUGUGGAAGCUACGCUAUGGCUUUGCGUACGCAAAAACUGUACCAGCGAAGAAGUAUUGCUUUAGGCCAAAACAGUUCAACAGGAGACUCCACACGUCUGGAGACAUGGUUUACAAAGACCAAUCAAAAACUGUGGCACUACGACGACUGGCUGAAUACGAAACCCAAGGACAUUGGCAUAGUUGAGCCUCACGAGGCGUUUCCAACACAGAUACAGACUCUUCCGAAUAUCGUAUUGCUGGAGGUGCUAACAAAUUUGGACAGAUUAACCCAGAGAGAUCUCCAACGCGUUUGCCGGAAAUGGUUUAACCUUCAGUCAAGCCCCAUGACAGACAAGUUAUUGAUCCUGGAUGAUCCGGGCAGCUUUGUCCAAGAUCACAAUCACCUAGUGUACUUGGCUAAUGGAUUUCUGAACUACACCGCAGUUUCAACACGAAGUGUGCUGGUGAAACACCUUGCCGCCAGCCAAAGCUACACGAUCAUGCUGUUAACCACAGAAAUGCAGCUGCACUUAGAUCAUUACCUGUCCUAUCGCAGUGAUGUGCCCUAUCGCAGCCAUACCGGCUACCUGGAGGCUGAACUAGCGCUGUACCCCGAAGUCAACAAUUUGCACCUGUACUGCACCAUGGACUUGGAGAACUCCCAGCGACUAACAUUAGAAAUAAUUCUGGCAACACCGGACGAAAUAAAACGGCUGAUAAGUAAUCCGGACGGUGGCUGGACUUACUGCUGCACCACGGGAACCAUGACUGACACCGUUAAGGGAGUUUCGCUGGUGCUAGACGCGCUAAACCUCCGCUGCUACAAGCACGGCAAGUUACCCGAAGCCGUCAACUGCGGCAACUUUUGGCGGUGGAACGAUGGUAAAAAAUUAAAAGAGGGUUUGCAGUGUUGGCCCCUCAGUCCAGCCGUGCUGGAUGCCUUAGCGAAGGGAUUUGGGGAUUACAGUCCGCAAAACGAAGUACGGACAUGUUGUUGGGUAACAGGAUUUCAGCCAGACAUUUUGAAAGUGCUCAUCCGGAAACCCCGAACGGUGGGAGCAGAUCACUUUAGUUUAUGCGGCGUGGAGAGUUGGUUUCGAUUUACCCUCAGUGGAACGGCCGAUAAGAAGCAAGCACUUGAGCAACGGACUGAAACGCCUGAAUGUAUUGAUUGGGAGUUUAGUUUUCGCACAAACUGCUGCAUCAUUUGAAUACUGCUGUUGUGAUUCACAUGCGAUAUGCUUUCUAGCUACUGAUUCUUAAGGACGCUAUAUACCAUCAUUAAUAUUUCUAUCUGAUAUGCUUAAAUGCCUGUUAUUUACAAAUGAUACUGAUGCUUUUCGCUUUUUUUGCACACAUUCGAUCGCUCAGUCCGAUUCCUCUUCUAGUAAUAAU